UGACUACCAGUCUCAGGAACUUUAAUCUCACCUUCCUCUAAACGAACUUGCCUGAACGGAAAUCCUGGCCUCGAUGAUUGAGAAACUCCAUGUGUGCCCUUGAUUGAUAAAGAGGUCGUCAUCACCAGCAUCAUAACCUCCCCCCGCUCGCCCUUUGACAGGCAUCAGCACGCUAUCUGACUACCACGCAACAUCAACAUUCAACGUCAACAUUAACGACACCAAUAAUACCAAACACCACACAGAAGCUACAUAUCCGUCCACCCACCAUGGACUCCUUACCCCGACCUACCAGCAGCAGUAGCACAGGCCCACGCCUAAACAAGACGUGCGACCAGUGCCGGAGUCGUAAGAUACGGUGUAUAAUCCCCGACACAGCAAGCACAACGACAACGGCGCCGAUAUGUAUCUCAUGCACGAAACGCGGCCAAAUCUGCCACUUCAGCAUCUUCCGUCGGAAAAUCCGCGUCAGAGUCCCCGGCGGAGGAGCAGCUCUCCCCAGCCACGGCGGCUUCAGGGGAGAAGGGGAAGGAGGCGUAGCAGACAAGAUGGCGCUGGGCGACACGUUCAUCGAUCGUAUUCUGCAGUGCGGACAGCAGGAUGUGAAGCCGCCGAGUGAUUUCAGCGUGUUUACGACGGGCGAUGAUGAAGUACCCUCGUCAGGCCUAGCCUUCUUCUCAGAGCAGAAAGUCGCGUCGCUGACAGAGAAGCUCGGGACGUCGCGGCUGCGGGAGCUCGUGCAGCGGCUCGACGGCAUCAUCUUGGAUCGGCUGGGGUACAUGGAGGGGUCGAGUCUCCCGCGGGUGAACUUCGAGAAGCCGGGGGGCGCGAUUGAGUGGUUGGGUGAUGAGGAGGCGGGGGCGUAUGUUGACGCGUUCUUCGCGAAUGUACACCCGGUGUACCCAUUCCUCGACAGACAGGACUUCGAAGCGCAGAUCAGCAGGCCCGAUCUCCGUAGCCUCAUGGCGCAGAACCCGUCGUUCUCGGCGCUGUACUACACGGUGCUGGCGCUGGGCAGCCAGUUCUUGGGUGAGGGGACGUACGAGCCUGGGAGGGGGAAGUCGUGGGAGCUGUAUCAGAUGGCGUUGGGGCAUAUGUCGGAGAUUUUGCUGCCGCGGGAGGGGUUGGAGAAUGUGCAGGCUUUGGCUGCGAUGUCGAUAUACACGCUCAAUCCGUGCAGUCUCCAGCUCGACGACUGCAUCAUAUCGCAGGCUGCGCGGAUGCUGAUUCCGCUCCGGUACCACAAGAGCGUGUUCUCGGAUCCGAAGCACUUGAAGGUGUUCUGGGUGAUAUACGCCUUGGAGAAGCAGCAGUCGAUGCACAGUCGGACCUCUUCAAUCAUCCCCGACGACGACAUCUGCUGCGUACUCCCCUCCUUCCCCGAAGCCCAGCACGCCGACUGCAACCUCUUCGUCACCUUCAUCCGCAUCGGCCGCAUCAGCUCCAUAGUCUACAACUCGCUCUUCUCCAUCAGCGCGACCCUACGCUCCCCUUCCUCCUACCAAGCCGCCAUCGCCCACGUCCGCCGCAUCCUCGAGGAAUGGCGCCUCUCCAUCCCCGCGGACCUGCGCCCCGGCAGCGCAGACAACUUCCCGAAGGCGGCGUCCACGGGCGUCGCGCUCGCCGCGCUGCAGGUGCACUUCAGUUACUAUCAGAUUGUCAUUGGACUCGAGCGCCUCACGCUGCAUUUGGACACGGAGGAUGGCGCCGAGGCGCAGAUGAGUAGGCAGCGGCUCAUGGAUACCGCGAGGACGAUACUCGAGCUGACGAAGUUCAUCGACGUGCAACCGUAUACGCCUGUUUUCAUCCUCGCCGUCCUCCCUAUCUCCGCGAUAUUCAUCCUCUUCGACUUCGUCGUGCAUAACCCGCACCAUAGGGAAUCACGCACCAACCUCUCGCUCCUCGAGUCCGCGGCGGGGUACUUCAGCCUCAUCGAGAUGGCGUCGCAGCGCGCGCUGCCGGGCAGCGUGCUGGCGGAGUUCGCGCAGAUCGCCAGGGAGUACUACCUCCAGGCUCAGUCGAUGAAGCCGCCGCCGGUGCCGCCGGCCGUAGGCUUGAAGACGACGAAGAUGGCGGUUGGUGAAGAGGGGGGAGAACGAGAGGCGGAGGUCAGGGUGAAGGUUGAGCCGGAUGUUCCUCAACCCUCUCAACAACCCUCACAGCCCCAAACCCAACUCCCCCUCUUCCCCCCAUCCCUCUCAACCCUACCAAAUCAACUCCCAGAAUACGACACCUCAUCCUCCUUUCCCACAGACAUGGAAACAGAUCCAACAGACUACCUCUCCUACCCAACGCCCCUGAACUUCACCGCGGCCUCCGACUUCCACAGCUCGGACGCGGGCGUCGUCGGCGGCGGCGGCGAGCACGACCACCUGAAGACGAUGUUUGGGUGGGCGUUUCCAGCGGCGGAGUCGAUGGACUGGGGCGCGGACUGGGAUGGUGGGUUGGGGGUGGAUUUGGGGGUCCUGGGGGGUCUGGAUGGGCUCGGGGGUUUGGAUUUGGGCGGUGGUGGUGGUGGUGCUGGAGAGAGCGGGUCGUGAGAAGAUGAGCCGCUCGCUUGUAAAAGACGUCUACUUCAACUCAGGGCCGAUGAUAUGAAGUGCAAGAAGUGUUCGAAAGGCUUUCAUGAAGAAGGGGUGUAGCUUGCGGGUAUAUGCCUCUACAAUGUCGUUGCGAAGAAUGCAUACAUAUAUCGUCCCCAGAUUCUAUACCCAAUCAACAAUUCAAAAAACCACACUCGCGAGAGAUGCCAAAACAAAACCACAGCACAAUAACCCUUCACACCACACCA